GUCGCUAGGGUGAAGCUCUUUCCAGUGCAAGUAGAAGAUAAUGGGCAGUAUGUGUGUGCCGUGACAAGCGAUGGUGUCUAUCAAGAAGCUAUCAUCCAGGUGACUGUUCCAGGUUUUGGAUCUGCACCUCACGUAACUAUAGAACAUCAGCAGAAUAAUUCAACCACUCUGAGAUGUGUGUCCCAAGGGUGGUACCCACAGCCUGAAGUACGCUGGACGGACAGCACAGGACAAAAAAUAACUGUUAUGGCUGAAACAAGAAUCCAGAAAGAUGUGACAGAGCUGUAUCAAAUCCAUAGUACACUCAGGGUAGCAGAUACUGCUACUGACACCAUCUCAUGCACUAUAAUAAACCCCUUGCUGAAGAGGCACCACAAAACAGUUAUUGCAAUUUCAGGUUUCUUUGAUGUGGAGGCAGAACAUGGCAUCAUUACAGCUGUAAUUGGAGAAAAUGCUGUUCUUCCCUGUCGGCUGAUUACAAAACAUCUGCCACCCAGCAUGGAGCUGCAGUGGAGGAAAGUUGGACCUGGGAAGGAUGAGACAAUCUAUCUCUACCGCUAUGAUGAAAGCAGACCCCUGGUUAAUACUUAUCCACAGGAUGACAAAUGCUCAGUGGGUUAUUUGUCUCCAAAUGGAGUCAACAGCAGAGAAUGGAUCAGGAAGAAAUAUGAAAAAAAGGCAAAAGUUUUUAAAGGAAAGGAGUUUGGGAAAGGAAAUAUUUCUCUGCAACUGAACAAUAUUCAGGUGGAAGACAAAGGAAAAUAUGUAUGUUCUGCCACAGCCAACUCAUUUCACAGAGAGAGCAUCACUGAAGUCUUGAUUAGAGAAUUUAAAGACUUUUCUCCUCAACUGGAUAGACUAGACAGUAUGAAAAGAAGGGUGGCUAAGUUUCCAAUCAAAGGAGUGUUUAGGAAAGAGGCUUAA